UUUUUUUAUAUUGCCCCUUUCUUCUGUUUUUUUUCAUUAUUAUUGUUUCUUUUGUAUUAUACUUGAGUUCUCUGUUUUGGCAUCGUUUUUGAUACGAUGGUGCUCACUCGAUAUCAAGCACAACGUAAAAGCAACAGUCAAUUCACAAAAUCGGCGCAUGCCUCAUCGUGUGAAGCCAAACUCGUCAGCGAUCCGCCGUUACUCAAUAUCUCCCGAGGACAAACCACAGACGACGAAGCAACGAUCAAAAUCGAUAAUUUACUAGAUCAACUGGAUGAUUUCGAAUGCUCUACCCUCGAUGCUCUCAUGGCACGAUGGCCUUCCAUGUAUGCACGUUUAAAAGGCAUGCGACACCAUUUACCGCCACAAAAAGACGAUAAUAGACCUACAUUGGUACUCGAUUUGGACGAAACGUUGCUCUAUACGACUUAUCGAGACACCGAUACCACCCAGACGGAUGCUGACUAUGUGAUGUUUGCUAAAGAUGGAAGAAGUUGUCUCGCUGGAAUUUUACGGCCUGGAGUCACUCAGUUCUUGACUUGGGCUUCCAGCAUCUUCGAAGUCGUGGUAUGGACAGCCGGUGCCGACGAUUACGCACACAUGGUUCGUGAAUGUCUGGAUCCAGAAAGAAAACUGAUUACCCAUAUGCUCACUCGACGUUCCUGCAUCAGAAUGCGUUCGGCGGCAUCCGAAGAUGUCAUUUAUAUUAAAGAUCUGUGCGCCCUCGGACGUGAUCUUAGCAAAACCUUUUUGGUCGAUAAUACCCCACAUGCUGCCACACUGAAUCUUAGCAAUCUUAUACCCAUUGAAGCCUACUUGGGCAGCAGUUCAGAUAACGAAUUGGAAGGACUUCGUCGAUUUCUCGAAUCCAAACUCGUUCGUUUAACCGAUCGCAAAAAAGACAUGCGGAUCAUUCUUCACCGCCAAUUUAAUUUGAAACGUCGAUUGAGGGAGCGGGUGGAUUGCUGGAAAAGCGCGCAACAACAACAACAGCAACAACGAGCUGCACAACGAUCACGAACCAGUCCCACCUAAACGAAAAAAAGGCAUCUUUUUUUGUCGCACACAAGGGCAUGCCUUCCUCAAUUUGUACAUAGUCAAACCGCAAUAUUUUUCACUUGAACCACCCUUUCCAACCUCCCAUGACACUUUCAUGGGAUGUCGGCAAAAUUUUUGCUCCCCAACAACCCACCAUCUUACACGUUUACGAAUGGCAUUUCAUUCGCGGAAAAAAAAAGAAAAACUUUUUUAAAUAAAACGUCUCUUUGUCAAAGCAA